UUUGCGGUCUUUGCUUUUCACGUUAUUCUUACGGUACUCCGCGACACCCCCCCCCCAUGGAUGAAAAAAUACCGGAAAACCGUUAAAAAGCCAACUUUUUAAACGUGCGAGUCUUUCUGACAUCAUUCACUUUGGUUAAUGUACAACAAUAACAAGAAGAAUAAUGUCACAAACAGAUACAAUAGAAAUCUUAUUACAUGUAAGAGAAAAAUAUUAAAAGUUCAAAAAUAAGAUUGCUGAAAAAGAUAUCUGCUAAUGUUGAUAAAUAGAAUUGCUUGUAAUUUGAAGGUACAUUAUAAUGGAUGAAAAACAAAGUAAUUUUACAAAGCAACAGAAAGUGAAAAAGUACAAUGAAAAACUGAUUUCUGCUGAUUCAACACACGACAUAAACAAAUUGUUUGAGAAAUACUUUGUAAUUUCAAAUGCAGAAAAAGACUCAGAAUCAUACACAUUACCCAAAUCAGAAUUUAUGUUCAAAGAGCCACCAUGGUCACUUGAUAGUUUGCAAAAGUUAAAAAAUGAUCUGAAUCAAGUAAAGAGUUGCCUGAAUGAUUUCAAUCUGGAUGAAUGGCACAAGCACACAAAUCAAAUGAACAAAGCAGGUAGUGUGAAAUAUAUUGUGAAAAAAUACAUAAAUCCAGAACUGUUGACUCAAGCUUGGCUCAAGUUUUACGAAAUUGCCAGUAAAUUCCCACUAGUACCAUUGAACGAGAUCUGUCAUGAGAACCUGCCGAUCACUGCAGGUUCCUUCAGAUCUGUACAUUUGUGCGAGGCACCAGGUGCUUUUGUUGCUGCUCUGAAUCAUUGGCUGGCAACAAAUACCCACAAUGUGAAGUGGGACUGGUUAGCCAACAGCUUGAAUCCUUACUGGGAGGAAAAUCCUUACGAAUGCAUGAUCGCGGACGACAGAUUUAUCAAGCACACUCUUCAGCACUGGUGUUUCGGUGAGGAUAACACAGGCGAUAUCAUGAAAUUGAACAAUCUGGACGAUCUAGUGAAGAGAGUCAGCUCAUUCGACGCAGACAAACGGCUCUUGCUGGUCACCGCAGACGGCAGUAUAGACUGCACGAACGUACCGGAAGAGCAGGAGAGCAUCUUGGCACAGUUGCAUCUGUGCGAGACUGUGGCUUGCAUGCACAUUCUACAGAAAAAUGGAAACUUUUUGCUGAAACUCUUCACUCUGUUCGAGCAUCAAUCCGUGUGCCUCAUGUACUUGCUGUCUUGCGCUUUUCAUGAAGUCACUGUGAUAAAGCCAGCCACCAGCAAAGGAGGGAACUCGGAGACAUAUGUCUUCUGCCGCAAAUUCAGAGGCAAAGAUUACAUGGCAGCGCACUUGGACAUUCUCAGGCAACACUACGGCAAAGCGCCACCUGAAAACGCGAUGUUCAGUCAAAAGGACAUUCCGCAGAGUUUUGUGCAAAGGAUUGAGGAGUGCAGCGUAUUCUUCAAAAAUCAUCAAUGUCAUAUCAUAGAAGACAACAUAAAAACGUAUCACGCAAAGAACUACAACAUUCUGUUUAACGUCAAGCAGUUGGUUGCUAUGCAAUAUAUUAGAAAUUGUAAAUUAGACGGUCCUUUAAAUGACUCGUCUUCGAUAGUCGGUUGCAAGAAAAUAAAAAAAGUACCACCAAGUUGGCACACGUAUAAAAAGUUACACGUUGAGUCUUACAACGAACGUUGUCAGAGACACAAUUUAGAAGAGAGUUUAUUACUGCUGUGGAAACAGAUAGAAUGGAUCAGUUUCCCAACAAAUCUUAGAUCUUACACCUGGCGUCUGCGAAUAUUACCGGAAAGCGUAGAAAUUCAAACGGGGAAAUCGUUCACGAAAGUACGCAGUUCGCGCUUUUCUGACGUGCAAUGUCUUAACGUAUUAAAUACCCUCGACACGAUAAUUGUACGAGAGACUGGUACUACCAUUUGCUUUCCAUCCGCAAACCUUACGAGAGAACAGCAAGAGGAUCCGAAUCAAGAGAUAUUGAACUUUCAAUUUGUCCCCGUCUUCGACAAUCAUAAGACGAUAAUCGAAAUUUGCGAUCGGUUUAAGAAACUUCGAACCGGACAAGCUCUCACUCUUGUAGGCUACUCUCUGUUAACGCAGUUAAAUGUUGGUCUGUUAUAUCUUCUGGGAAAUUGUUUCGACAAAGUCGUUGUAACAAUUUGCGACAACGAGGGCUAUCACAUCAGACUGGAAACUUACCAGCCUAAUGAAAAAGUAUCGAAUAUUCUGCAUGAAAUUCUCGCUAUUUCAAAUAGCGAACAAAAUAAACAUAAAGCGGUUUGGUCGAUAAUUCCUGGAAUACUUUUAGAGGAAUGUGACGAGUUUCCUACUAUAAUGGAACUUAAUCAUCUGAUGAUCAAGAAGUACCUUGAGCAUGUUAUGAAGAAAUGUAAAGGACAAGAUAAAAUAAUAAUUUUUACGUGAACAUGUGAUACACAAUUUUACAUAGGUAUAUACAUGUAUAUGUAUGAGAAAAGGAAUAUGUAUUUAUAUAAUCAUAUAAAUACAUAAUUAUAAAUACGAAUAACAUAUAUUUUAAAUAUUAUAUAUAUUAUAUAACAAAAUCAAAAACAAAAUACAUUAUACUUACUGUUGUACUUUGAAUUGACUUUGAUCAUCAAUAUAUUGAUUUACAAUACAACAUUUUAACUCUCACGGACUACCCUGUGGUUUUUUUUUAUGUAAUAUAAUCUUUGUGUAAUAGAAGCGAACGUUCUGUGAGAGAAGCUUUAAUUCACCUUCGCAUUUACAUUCUAAUUUUAUUUUUUGUAUUUUUUUAUAUGUAAAAAACAAAAAAAUCGAUCGCGACUGAUGAAGACUCAUGUAAGAGCUCAAAACAUUUCGCAAUUUUAAUAUAUUUUUGCGCAUAUGUAAUCACUUUUAUCUGAAUACAUUUAUUCAUCUGUUUUUUGCUGUA